AUGAGCCCUAUCAAUACUGUCUUUGUUGUUUUUCUCGUUAACGGCGCUUUGAUUUCGGCUCAGCGAGACGACGUUGCUCAAUGGAUUUAUCCAGACAAGGCUCCAUGGGGUCGUCUCAAAAAAACUGUUUAUUGUCAGCCAGAUGCAUAUGCCGUUGGUUUUAAGCAACGUGUUGAGCAGCCAAGUGCGGGUGACGAUACAGCACUGAAUGCACUUGAAUUAACGUGUAAAAAACGGGAUGGAACCGGUUUACACAAUAUUCGUUCGGAUAGUGGUGCAUGGGGUACAUGGAGUGAUUAUGUGUAUUGUGCGAAUGAUUGGACUAACGACGAUUUUCUGUAUGGUGUAUUUUUCAGAAUUGAAUCAAAUCAACUUGCUGGUGAUGAUACGGCUGUCAACGAUGCUAGGUUUAUAUGUUUACAAGGAAGUAUAAUUGGGGCGCCAAACGGCGGUCCAUGGGGCGACUGGAAACCAAUAACAAGGUGUCCGGAGUAUACUGUUAUCUGUGGAUUUCGAUUAAUUUUUGAAGAUGAUAGUCAAGCAGCUGAUGAUACAGGAGCGAAUGGAGCAGAAUUUGCUUGUUGUCGUUUAAAUCGAUGCUCACCCAAUCCUUGCAGUGACAAUACACCUUGCGUUCAAACGCCCGGCGGUUAUCAAUGCAAUUGUACAAAUGGUAAACAAGGAACACAUUGUGUUUCGUUUUCUUCUACAGCGCCGGACACAGUUGGUGUAUGUAUCCUUUGGGGUGAUCCUCACCUGAAAGGUUUUCACCGAUAUACUAAUGGACCAAGAAUCCAAUAUUUGUGUACUGAAUCCGGUACAUUUUCUCUGCUCAAUAACAAGCUGAUUAAUGCAACAAUUACCAUUGCCGAUCAACAUUGGUUUACUAGUGCAACAUCAGUAACCUUCUAUGAUAUUGAUAUUGACAUUGGUUAUAGUUACGAAAUUGAUCAAUCCACCGGUCUGUGUAUUCGCCCGUCUAAGGGAUGUGAGUACGAACCAGGAUCGCGUCGCCGAAAACGAAGUUUAGUACCACCAAUACCACAUUCACGCAGUUGGACAGUCGAGCAGCAGCAGAUAAACGAUAUGGCUGAACAAAUUUGCCAAGCUUAUAUAGACGAAGGAACACUGGCUGCAUGGAAUAUGGGUCUUCCUGUUGAUACUAUGGAACAAAAAUACGUCAUUGAAGAUAUUCAAUUAGCCUGUAUUUUUGAUACUCGAACGACUGGCAUCAAAAAUAUCGGCUCAAAUAGUAUUCGUGUGCUACUGUCAGAAGGCAAGUAUUUCUUACCACCGAAAAAUGACAGCGAAUAUACCGCCUAUGUCGAGCAAACUGCACAGAUAGCAGAAGAAGCUUUGGUAGAAGCCGCAGCUCAUAUUGAUUUAAUCGUUCAGACGCUCACAACAACCAUUCCAACUACAACGGGUACUAAAUAA